AUGCAAAAUGGGAUUUCUUGGGUUUUAAUAGACAUUCAGAGUUUGAAAUACUUGUACCGAGAAUUGGUUCAACAGAAUAAAGUGAUGAAUUACUCGUACAUGUCAACAUACAGGUUCAGUCAAGACCACUUAGAACUUUUUUUCGGACUAAUAAGGCAACAUGGCGGGCGCAAUAAUAACCCUACCACCGAACAAUUCCGUGGCAUAUAUAAAAAGCACUGCCAUCUAGAACUACGGAACAGUUUCACGGGAAAUUGUUUGCCAAUUGAUAACUUUUCAAUUUUGGGUUGUUCAUCAGCCCUUGAAAAAAUAAAUAUGACCACGUCAGGAUUGUGCAAUACUGAAUCUGACCCAACGACGAAGGCGUCACAAUCUGCUGAAGAUGAACAAUUUGAAAUAAAUAGUGACAUUCUCCCAAGUGUUUUAGAUGAAGAAAAUGGUAAUAAGCGAUUUGUCAAAGCAAAUUGUCGGAUACAUUUCAGGAAUGUUUUUAAUAAUUUAAAUGACCAUUCUCUGGAGCAACCGGCAACUUGGAACCAUAAAGUUCUAUUGAUAAAAUCUGUUAUCAAAUACUACGCUGAUGUACGCCUUCAUUAUCUUCAUAAAAAUGUUAAUAAAAUAACAAAAAGGCAAAAGUAUAAUAAAUUGAUUUUGUUUCAAGGAGAAUAA